AUGGCCGACACUCCCGUUACUCUGCGGACUCGCAAGUUCAUCCGCAACCCUCUGCUUGCCCGUAAGCAGAUGGUCGUGGACGUCCUCCACCCCAACCGCCCCAACGUCUCCAAGGAUGAGCUCCGCGAGAAGUUGGCCGACCUGUACAAGUCCAACAAGGACCAGGUCUCCGUCUUCGGUUUCCGCACACAGUACGGUGGUGGCAAGUCCACCGGCUUCGCUCUCGUCUACGACUCCGCCGAGGCCCUGAAGAAGUUCGAGCCCCACUACCGUCUCGUCCGUAUCGGUGCCGCCGACAAGAUCGAGAAGGCUUCCCGCCAGCAGCGCAAGCAACGGAAGAACCGCUCCAAGAAGUUCCGCGGUACUGCCAAGACCAAGGGCCCCAAGAAGUCCAAGGACUAA